AUGCGUCCGACCUGCACGUGUAGCGUGCUGAGGACUGCCCGCUUCGAUGGCUGUAGAAGCGCACUGCGAGAUGUGUUCGGUGCCGCGGCACUCGCAGAAGUGGCGACGGAGGGGCCAGAAGCCGGCGAGGACGACUGCUGCUGCUUGCGGUCUGCCGGCCGCCGGCUCGGUUUCCCGCCCUCGCGAUCUUUACGUAAGCGCACUCAGCCGUCGGCGCGACUCACUAAUCGAAGUGCUAGGUUUUCAGGUACCAGCCAGCCAGCCAGCCAGCCGAGCAGCAGCGGUCCAGCCGAGCAGCAGCAGCAGCAGCGGUCCCGGCCAGCAGCAGUGGACCCGGCCAGCAGCAGUGGACCCAGCCAGCAGCAGCGAUCCCGGCCAGCAGCAGUGAUCCCGGCCAGCAGCAGUGAUCCCGGCCAGCAGCAGCGAUCCCGGCCAGCGGCAGCGGUCCCGGCCAGCAGCAGCGGUCCCGGCCAGCAGCAGCGAUCCCGGCCAGCAGCAACGGUCCCGGCCAGCAGCAGCGGUCCCGGCCAGCAGCAGCGAUCCCAGCCAGCAGCAGUGAUCCCGGCCAGCAGCAGCAAUCCCAGCCAGCAGCAGCGUUCCCGGCCAGCAGCAGCGGUCCUGACCAGCAGCAGUGAUCCCGGCCAGCAGCAGCGAUCCCCGCCAGCAGCAGCGGUCCCGGCCAGCAGCAGCGAUCCCGGCCAGCAGCAGCGAUCCCGGCCAGCAGCAGCGAUCCCAGCCAGCAGCAGCGAUCCCGGCCAGCAGCAGCGAUCCCGGCCAGCAGCAGCGAUCCCGGCCAGCAGCAGCGAUCCCGGCCAGCAGCAGCGAUCCCAGCCAGCAGCAGCGUUCCCGGCCAGGAGCAGCGAUCCCGGCCAACAGCAGCGAUCCCAGCCAGCGGCAGCGAUCCUGGCCAGCAGCAGCGAUCCCGGCCAGCAGCAGCGGUCCAGCCGGCAGCAGUGGUCCAGCCAGCCAGCCAGCCAGCCCUCCAGCAGCAGCAGUCCAGCCAGUCAGCCCUCCAGCAGCAGCAGCAGCAGCAGCGGCCCCAGCCCCAUCUGCGGCAGCAGCAGCAGCUGCGGCAAUCCUGCCAGCUGUCGCCAGCGCCAGCGCCAGCGCCAGCAGCAUGGGACUCUGGUCUUCGUCUUGGAAGGUCAUGCUGUAAUCUCACUGCCAGUAAGCUUAAUAACACAAAUGAAGGAAAUGAAUGCAUCAGAAGUUUCUGUAGCUAGAUGCUCAGAUGAUCCAGUUUCAUCUUCAAACAGAGAUAAGUCAAUGGUUACAUGUACUUCAGAAGAAAUCGCAAUUGAAGAAGAAAAGGCAGCAGUUGUACCCUUUGAACCUACAGCAACACUACUUGUGCACCCACCUACAUGCAAUUCAUCAAAAAUAUCAUCGUCAGCAGAAAGGCCAGCUGCAACAGCAGAAAGACCCCCGGAAACUACAGUAACAGUAAUCUUAUCCCCACCUACAAGCAAGUCAAUAGCUUCAUCAUCUUCAAGGGAAAUGACAACAUCAUCUCAAGGUAAAUCAACAAGCAAGUCAACAGCUUCCUCAUCUUCAGUAAAGAAGACAGCAUCUACUGAAGAAAAAUCAACAUCCUCGCAGAGAACACCAGAUGACAGGCACACGCCACCAGAGGAAGUGAAGGAAAUUAUAAAGGAGGCUCCAAUGAGCCCACAAUUUUUAGAAAAAGUUAUGAAGUGUGGAUUCAUAAUAUAUGAUAUUUCAGUGGACUCAAGUCAAAUCAGUGAUGCAAUGUGGACAUUGAAAGAAAUCUUGGUUGAAUCAAUACCUAGUUUGUCAAGGGUUCUUAGUACAGACAUUGUCAAAGCCAAGUUAAAAGGUUUCUGA